GUCAUCAUUGAUCGCUCCCGCGUCCGACGAUAAGACCAGCACACCAGCCACAUCUUGACCUGCGACACCCAAAGGUGUAGCGCAGCGCAUGGCGUGCACCCACUUUACAUGUUGCGUAGCCGAGAGCGCAACGGAAACGGCAAUUCAGCCAGACAGACUGAUGCAGGAGGUGCCGUGGCAGCUGAGUUUGCCGCCAGGCGCCUGGAUCGCAGAGCUCCGGGCAGGUAGCGGCAAAGAGAAGGUCCACCUCGGCCUUAGCUUUGACCUGUCAGAUGACACCACCUGCAUCGUGAAGUCGGUGGCGGGCGGCUUGGCGGCUGUCUGGAACAAGUCGGCCCAUGAGAGCCAAGCCAUCCUGCCAUUCGACCGCAUCAUUCGGGUCAACGGGAUGCCCGGGAGCAGCCGCGAGUUGGUGUCCAUCCUCUUGGCUGACCACGAUGUGUUUUCCAUCGCGCUGAUGCGCCCGGAGGAGCGCAUCGUGGAUCUCUCUGAGGGGACGGGCCUGGGCAUCUGCGUGAAGUACAAGCGGAACUCCGUGGGGUUUUGGGUGAACUUCGUCCAGGAGGGCGCGGUCCAAAGGUGGAACGAGGCACACCCCGAGGCCGCUUUGAUGCCGCAUGAUCGGGUGAUAUCCGUGAAUGGCCAAAGCGGCACUGGGGCGGACCUUUUGUUGCUCCUCCGCGGCCAGCAGACCUUGCGCUUGCAAGUGAUGCACUACGAAGAUUAAGAUGGAACCCAAGACUAGGUCGCCAGCUAGGUGCCCU